UUUCCUGUAGUUUUGGUUGUAGCUGUCACUUUUGACAAACUCUAGAAACGCAUACACUGUCAUUUUUAUGUCGACGGAAGGAAUAAGCGGUAAAAUUAAGAAGCUGUGGUCUUAAACGUAUUAAUCCGCGUGUUUAAUUAAACAAAACUUCUAAAAAUUUGGAAGCUGUAGUACUACCAUACACAUCAGCUUUUGAGUCAGUCAUCGAGGAGGAAUCGAGCGAGUUCGUGUGUGGAAAAUAGACCCAAGUGAAAGGCGAGAAGUUGUACUGAUUUUUUUUUUUAGCUAAGAGUGAAGAGAAGGUCUACAGCAGUAUGUCUGGAAUAGCAAUUACACGAUUGGGUGAAGAGCGAAAAGCUUGGCGUAAAGAUCAUCCAUUCGGAUUUGUAGCUCGUCCAGCAAAAAACCCAGAUGGCACUUUGAAUCUUAUGAUCUGGGAAUGCGCUAUUCCUGGUAAGAAAGGUACUGCUUGGGAAGGUGGGUUGUACAAAUUGCGCAUGAUCUUUAAAGACGAUUAUCCGACAUCACCACCAAAGUGUAAAUUCGAACCACCAUUGUUUCACCCCAACGUGUAUCCGUCUGGGACGGUUUGUUUGUCGCUAUUGGAUGAAGAAAAAGAUUGGCGUCCCGCCAUCACAAUUAAACAGAUAUUGCUUGGAAUUCAAGAUUUGCUUAAUGAACCGAACAUUAAAGAUCCAGCGCAGGCGGAGGCAUAUACAAUCUAUUGUCAAAAUCGUUUAGAAUACGAGAAACGUGUGCGCGCCCAGGCACGUGCUAUGGCUGCCACUGAAUAAGAAACGAUUAAAGGCAUUUCGCACGUAUAUACAUAUAUUAGCAGUUAGAAGACGAGAAAUGAGAGUAAAACAGAAAAGCGUACCUUGGCAACUGGAUCAAAGGGGCGCGUGCCUAUAUAACGGUUAGACGAGGACGGUGAUUUGGGAUUAUUUUCAGAAAUGUUCUUAUUAUAAUGAUGUCCUUUAAUUGGGGGACGAGCUAUUUCAAAUUACCAUACUUGUCUAAAAUGUCCUAGAUUUAAAUGAAAAUUCUGUAUUUACAUAUGUAUUAAAAACCAGAAGAAAAAUUAAAAUAAAUGUAAAGAUGUCGAAUUUGUAAACUGGUCUACAUCUCAACGUAA